AUGUCUUCCAAUACGCCUGCGAGCUUCGCGUCAGCGGCGGCUGGCCAGUCGAGAGGGUCCCGGCCUGGUGAAGGCGAUUGGCCUCGUCGAGAUGGGCGCUCUGCCAACGGCACCCUGACUUUCCGCCGUCCCUCUGCCGCCGUUGUUAACCAGGAAUCUCAAGCUGCGCCCGAUACCUCUGCGCCUGCACUACCAUCUUUGACCGAAUCUCAAGCUGCUCAGCAGAGCCUGCCGCCUUAUGACGGAUCUAUGCGCUAUUCGCGUGACCAAAUUGUGGAUAUUUUUAAAGGGACACAGCCUGGUUUAGUAGAUGUCAAUAACCUGCUGGUUGAGGGUUGGAACACCACGCAGAUCAACGGGGCGGCGAGAAGCUGGGGAAAGAGCUCAGAUGGCACUGUCCCGCAAGACCCUACUGUCUGUUGGGAUGCUACUGGUGGUGUCACACCCAUGGCCUUGCAGGAAAUGACUGAGGACGAGAAGGAGGCGUUUGUUGACGUCAACUCGACUCUGAAACCACAGCAGCCAAAAGACAGCAAUCAGAUUGGCGGCGGAGGCGGUAAUACUGUGAGUGCCCCGAACGGCCGUAAGACGUCCAUCUCCCACGGCACCGGUUUUAGCAACAACAGCAGCAACAACAACACUAGCAACACAACAACCUCGAUUUCGUCACCCCGCCCGACGACGCGCCGCCGGGAGGCAUCCGACACUAACUCUCUUCCCACCGGUGGCUUGACUUCUCCCCUUGCCAAUCGCACGCCUCGAGAGGAGUCAUCUUGGUUUGGUCGAAAAACUGCCGAUGCUAAAGAACCACAGCAACUGGUACAGCAGACUGAAGUGCCAGAGGAGAUCCCAGGACCGGUUGCUGCUCGGGUGUUGAACGCCGGAACUCUCAAUCGUAGCAACAUGGCUGGGAGUGCGUUGGGUUCAGGCGCCUCAGCUCUCUGGGGCCCUUCCGGGUCGGCACCCGCACCCGCCGCCGGGACUUUUGGCAGCUUUGCUUUGCCUGCUGCCACAGGGGACAAACGCUUCGGCAGUGCGCGCGGUGAGAGCCGCCUAGCGCACUUGAUUCCCAAGCAAGAUGGUGCUGAUACGACUACAACGGGCACAAGGACGGCUGGCUCUGGUACUAGUGCCAUUGUUACUACCCCUGUCGGUACUGCUACUGCCUCCGGGGAGGACCCAAAGGAUUCUUGGCGCGCUCGGCCGCGGACAGAUACUGAUCCUUUUGGCGAGGACGGCGGGCAGUCCAAUUUUGCUUCGCAGAAUCCCGAGUCUGCUGACACCCCCGUUAAGAACGCCCGGGGUGACUUGGGCAUGUCUGGUCUGACCAUCGGCUCUUCGCUUGACGAGGAUUUUCCUGGCAGCCCAGAGACGAAUCCUUUCCGCAGCCCUCCGACGGACCGUAAUAGUGGCGGCCUUGGUAGCGGCGAUAGUGCUCCCAUGACUGGAGCGGUCGGUGCUAGUGCUGGCGUCGACCAUGCCGCCAUCUUUGGGCCCGGGCGUGGCGGAUAUCCAAGCGUGAAUUUAGAUGGUAGUGACAGAAGCCAGACAUCGAGUGUUGGAGCCAAGGGGUUUUCUGGAUUAGGCAACAUUGCUGGCUGGGGCAAUCCUCUUACCUCGAGCACCCCAGAUCGCGACCGCGCCGUAUUCUCAACCGCUUUUGGAAGCUCGUUGUUCAGCCCCGGCACUGGUGAACUUCAGUCGCCCGGUUUUAGCGGCGUCGGUCCUAGCGGCGGUGUUUUCGGCGCUCCUGGCGCUAGCGGCACUGGUUCUCUCCGUACCAGUACUAGCAAGCUGGGUGCCUUAUUCCCAGCGAGCAUGCAGGCGCAGAUGUCAACUAGCCAAGACCAAGAAGGCAACGGUUUAGGAGACUCCAUACCGGACCUGCGUCAAAUUAAUCCUCUUGGAGCUAUCGGCCGCGAGGCCAUCGGUUCCCAGGUAAGGGAUGCUGACGUAGCUGGUAUCCGACCUGGUCGUGGAUUGUUUGAUGAUUCAAUGGAUCCUACAAGAGUUGGUCCUGCCGGUAUUUUCACCACUGAACAGGCGUCACAAUCGGCCAUUUUGGCCUCUGACUCGUCACCGCUGCCGCAACAUUUCGAGUCUGCCACCCGCCCCAAUGCUGACACCCCGCUGAACGCACCUCGCACUAUGGUAAUGCCUGAUCGUAUGCGCUGGGUUUAUCUUGACCCCCAAGGCCAGACCCAGGGACCAUUCACAGGCCUGGAGAUGAACGACUGGUACAAAGCGAACUUUUUCACACCUGACUUGCGGGUUAGAAAGGUGGAGGACACCGAAUUUGAACCUCUGGGACAGCUUAUUCGGCGCAUAGGAAACUCUCGAGAGCCGUUCCUUGUUCCUCAAAUCGGUGUUGCCCAUGGCCAACCUUCCUUGAGUGGUACAUUUGCUCAUGGUGACCGUGGCACAGUCAUCCCCCCUCUCGUUGGAGCGUUUCCCAGUUACGGCCGAACUUUGACUGCGGAAGAGCAAAAUAAUCUUGAGCGCCGCAAGCAGGAAGAGCAGUAUGUGCUUGCUCGUCAACGUGAAAUGCUAUCUGCGCACCACCCUUCUUUUUCAGCUGCUCGCACAGGCGCCGUUGGUGCUCCGGGAGGUGCACUACACCACCAUUCGAGUGCCCAUAGCCUCCAAAGCCAGCCUAGCUUUGGCAGCAUGACAUCUCCGCUUGCCGUUGUUCCUCCACCAAUUAGUGGACAUAUUGGUGUCACGCCAGGUUUUUUUGAUCACUCGGGGUUGCCUACGACUACGCAAUCCCUUACCACCGCUAGCACAGAGUUUCUCCGUGACGAUUACAAUCUCCAAGAUCGCCAGAUGCUUUCGGGCAUUCUCCCAUCCCUCAAUACUGCUGGAAAUUUCCCUCCCCAGCAAUCUUCCGGACUUGCACCUGACCAUGGAACCCUGGGCCACCUACCAAGUAUUGACCAGCUGCAAAAAGACCCGCAAGGAUUUAGUGAACGGCUGAAAGAAUUCAAGCAAUAUCGCGAGCAGUUUGAUGCUACGGAAGCUGGGAAUCUUGCAGCCGAAUUAUCCUUAACUACGACAUUUACGCACGGCAAGCAACAGGCUACUGCUGCUGACGUUGUCGACGAAGUUGCCUCGGAGCGUCGGCUACAGGGUGAUAAUGGCACGUUUGCGGCUGUUGGCGAGGCGUCUGAAUCUCUUGUGUCUCUAUCUUUGACACAACAAGUUAAAAAAACCCAGGCGGAAGCAGCGGCGGCUCAGCUUCGAGAAACACAGGCUGGCGACGUGGCCGAAGCUCUCAAGCCUGACCUUCCUAUGCCAUUCCCGCCUCCUCCAGGUGCCCUGUCCAGCACACCCCUGGCUGCUCCCACGGCCCAGCGAACGCGUUCCACGCUCCCCGACCAAUAUGCGACCAGCCAGUCUCGCUCGGAGACCCCCGAAGGUGGUGCACAUGGUACUACUCAACAACCCCCACUGGCGCCUUGGGCACGCGACCCGGGCUCAGAAAGCCAUAGAGGGCCUAGCCUGAAGGAGAUCCAGGAGGCGGAAGCUAAGAAGGCUGCUAAGGCGGAGGAGAUAGCCGCUGCGGCACGAAAGGUUGCCGCUGUUCAAGAGGCCGCGCUCCAACGAGAGCGCGAAAAGGCUGUUGCAGCUUUGACGCCUGGUCUGCCGACGUCCUCCACGUGGGGCAACGGUACACCGGCUGUCUCUGUUGCCGCCCCUACCAGCCCGUGGGCUAAGGCAUCCAAUGCGAAGCCCAGCAUCGCAAGCGCUGUUACCGGUGGCGUUGCCUAUAGCGCUGUCGAUAAGAAGAAGACACUGGCGGAUAUUCAGCGUGAGGAGGAAGCCCGGAAGCAGAAGACUAGAGAGCUGUCUUCCCAAUCUCCUCUUGCCUCAUCGCCGUUCGUUGGUAAGCGUUACGCAGAUCUUGCGAGCCGUGGCCAGCCGCCUGCGGUAGCAAGUCCCAUUGCUACAAUUGCUUCUCCUGUUGCCGCUACGGGUUGGGCAACUGUUGGUGCGGGCGGUAAGGUCAAGACACCCACAGCUGCACCUUCUGUUCGAAGUGCGAGCGCUGCCAUGGCAGCCGCCAAACCACCUGUCGUUCCGGCUAGUGCACGCUCGUCUUCGAAACAGCUUCCUGGCGCCCCCGGGAAGGCCGAGGGUGGCGUUGCGAUGGACGAGUUCAACAAGUGGCUCCACCGCGAGGUGAGCCGUGGACUUGCUGACGACAUUGAUGUGAACAUGUUUGUCGACACGCUUCUGCAGCUUCCCCUGGAUCAGUCAAUUAUCUCUGAGGCUGUGUAUGGAAACUCUAAGACCAUGGACGGUCGUCAUUUUGCCGAAGAAUUUAUUCGUCGCAAGAAACUCGCGGAAAGAGGUGUCGUUGAGAAGCAGGCUCCCGCGUCUACCGAAGAAGUUAAGAUCGGUGGAGGCUGGAGUGAGGUUGCUAAGAAGGGCGGAAACACUGGUGCCCCGAAGGAGGAGAGCAUGCCUGCUGGCUUUAAAGUUGUCUCCAGCCGCAAGAAGGGCAAAAAAUAG